CGCGAGCGGCGCGCAGCGCAGCGCCUGCCUACGAGCCGCCGAAAUAAAUAAAUAAGUGCGUGUGGCUUUUGAACUGCCCACAGACUGUCACAGGGAAGGGGGGAGGGAGGAAAAGAGGGAGGGGGAGAGAGUGAGAAAUGCAGAGGCAGCAGCCGCGGUAGCGGCGGCAUUGCUCCAGCAGGCACUAGUCACUCCAGUCCCGGCGAGCGAGCGGCGGAAGCCACAGCGCCCCGACCACCCCAGCGGGCACCGGGCUGCCUGGGACUCUCUCGGUGGCACCCCAGCACACCGGUCCGCAGAGGGCGAGGGAGGACAAAUAUCCAAAGAUUGCUUUGGAGCCCGAGAAACUACAAGGGGAACAGCUUAAAGGAAUAAAGUGUACAGCGUUGCGGAGCGCACCCCUGCAGAGUGGCCGUGCGACUUGCCACACACGGCGUGCAGAACUCCAACAUGGGAGGCAAACUGAGCAAGAAGAAGAAGGGGUACAGCGUGAACGAUGAAAAAGCUAAAGACAAAGACAAGAAGGCUGAAGGAGCAGCUGCUGAGGAAGAGGAGACUCCAAAGGAGGCUGAGGCUGUGCAGCCAACCACGGAGACCGCAGAAGUGAAGGAGAACAAGGAGGAGAAGGAUGAAAAAGAUUCUCAGGUCGCUGCCAACAAGACAGAAGAAAAAGAAGGAGAGAAGAAGAAAGCAGUGACCCAGGAAGAAGCCCAGAAACCUGAACCGGAGAAGUCGGAGGCCGUCGUUGAUGCAAAAGUGGAGCCACAGAAGAACAAUGAGCCGGCGCCCAAGCAAGAGGAGCAGCCUUCGGCUGCUGCUCCCGCUGCUGGCAGCGAAGCACCUAAACCUUCUGAUCCUAGCAAUGAUGCAAAGGUUUCCCAGCCUUCAGAAGCCACGGCUACUAGUAAAGCAGAUGACAAGAGCAAAGAGGAAGGGGAAGCCAAAAAGACUGAGGCUCCCGCAACGCCUGCAGCCCAAGAAACUAAAAGCGAAGUGGCCCCAGCUUCAGACUCAAAAUCUAGCAGCAGCGAGGCUGCCCCUUCUUCCAAGGAGACGGCGGCAGCGUCGGAAGCACCUAGUGCCACUCCUAAGGCCUCAGACCCUGCAGCCCCCCCAGAGGAAGCGAAACCUUCUGAAGCUCCAGCGGCUAAUUCGGAUCAAACCAUAGCGGUGCAAGAUUAAAUUGGACAGCCUGUUGAAACAACCACUUAAAACAACCUGUGUCUUUUUUUUAUUUUUUCAGCUAUACUAACUCGUUUCAGAUCUGAAAUAAGAAUAUGUAUUGCCCAGAGGAAAAAAAAAAGGAGAAAAAAAAAAAGAGAUGAAAAGGAUGUCCCAUCAAGUUGUGAGGGAGGGAGGGGGGAGAAUCCAAAUAGUAUUUUUGUGGGGAAAUAUCUAAUAUACUUUCUGCCAACUUGACACAAGUCCUGGAUUAAAAAAAAAAAGUAAAAUAAAUGGAUGUCUGAAAGUACAGCACAUCUUUUGUAUCUGAACUGCUGUAAAUGCACUCCACCAAUGUAUCAAAAUCUUCUUUUUGUUCUGUAAUGGGGUUUGGGAGUGAUGCGUUUGAUUCUGCCCACUGGGUUUGUGCCAAGGCAAUCAGAUCUUUAUGAAAGCAGUAUUUUCUGUGUUUUUUUUAUUUACAGCCUUUCUUAUUUUGAUAUUUUUUUUAUGCAGUGGAUGAAUGCCAACUUUCAGACAAAACCCACUUAGCUGUCCACAUAUUUCUCAAUGCCAAUCCUCCAAUUCUUCCUCUCCAAAUAUUUUUUGGGAGUAAAAAGCAUUCUCAUCCUACUUAGCCUACCUAGAUUUCUCAUGACGAGUUAAUGCAUGUCCGUGGUUGGGUGCACCUGUAGUUCUGUUUAUUGGUCAGUGAAAAUGAAAAAGUCUGCGUUCAUUGCAGUUCCAGUUUCUCUUCCAUUCUGUGUCACAGACACCAACACACACUCAUUGGAAAACAAAAUGAAAAAAACAAAAUGUACAAUGGAUGCAUUGAAAUUAUAUGUAAUUGUAUAAAUGGUGCAACAGUAAUAAAAGUUAAAUAAUUUAAAAAAUAUAAAA